UCUCGUCACUACGGCUGUCGAGCCUGAAAGAUCAUGUCAUCGCCAUCUCACACUAAUCAGACCAAGAUUCUCUUCAUCCUCUCCAGCGCGAACAGGACCCUUACUGGUGAACCAACUGGGUGGUAUCUUCCCGAGGCCGCCCAUCCCUACUAUCAGUUGGUAUCCCAAUACAAUAUCACCUUUGCGGCACCCCUAGGUCCCAACCCGCCCCUCGAUCCCAAGAGCGUCGAGCUAUUCAAGGAAGAUGCAGAGUCGGUUAAGUUCCUCAACGAUGAGGUCGUCAAAGGCAAACUCGCUUCUGCCCUUGUCCUGAAGGAAGUCAGCGUUACCGAAUAUGACGUCAUUUUCUACGUUGGAGGUCAUGGACCCGUCAUUGACUUGUCAGUAGAUCAAGACAACCAAAAGUUGGUCGAAGACGCUUGGCACAAGGGAAAGAUCAUUUCAGCAGUCUGCCACGGCCCUGCUGCGCUUGUCUCCGCCGAGACGCGCUACAUCUUAACUAAGAAUUCGAUUCUCAAAGGAAAGCGUGUCACCGGUUUCUCUAAUGUCGAAGAAGGGCUAGCUGGAACAACGAAGACCAUCCCAUUUCUACUUGAAGACCGUAUCAAGGAUCUUGGUGGAUUGUAUGAGAAGGCGGAAAAGCCUUGGGACGCGCACGUUGUCGUCGAUGGGAAUUUGAUUACAGGUCAAAACCCAGCAUCUGCGCGUCCCCUUGCGCAAGCAAUCGCCCAGGAGCUAGCCAAACGCGUCAAAGCAGUUCCAGCUUGAUGCUUUAGUUUCAGAAAAGAUCAUCGUCCCAUGCAGUGAUGCCACAAGCAUUUGAUCAAUAUAAAGUAACUCAGAGGCUGUAUCCAACGAUGUGAUAAUGACCUCUAAAAUGCCUGUAUACUGCGAUCUCGUUGAUCAAACAAACCCGCUGGCUAAACUGGUGGUUGCUAAGCAAUGUUUUCCAGUUGAACAGUGUCUCCCCCAAAUUGCAGAUGUUGGAGCAUUGCGAGGUAAAAAUGAAAAUUUGUGGGGCUAUCACGCGAC